GAAGAUGGGGUAGAUAUUACUGCAAAUUCUCUUCAUCCAGGAGCCAUUCUAACCAAUAUUUAUAAGCCAGAGAUUAGUGGCGCUGUGCCAGCAGAUUUACUUAAUAUGCUUGGCGAAUAUACGUUGAAAAGUAUUCAGCAGGGAGCAGCAACAACAUGCUAUGUAGCGUUGCAUCCACAACUGAAGGGAAUUAGUGGCGAGUACUUCUCAGAUAAUAAUGUGGCUGAAGCAAGCUCACUGGCAAAGGACACUGAUUUGGCUAAGAAACUGUGGGAUUUCAGCAUGAAAAUAAUUUAUUAG